GAGAAACCGAGGAGGGAGAAGUUGAGAGCGUCUCUCUCUAGCCAUUCGCGGCUAGACUCUUCCCCUCACGGUUUUUCUUCAGGUCGGCACCACCACACACGGCGGCCGCCGCCGCCGGGGCCCUCCUGGCUCCGGCGGGUCUGAGGUUCCAUGGUUACAGUUCAACUUAGGGAUGACCUAUGAGUUUUUUGAAACUUCGUGCAACCCGAAAGGAGGGCUAGAAUUGCAACAGCCACCACCGUCUCCAUUGAUGGUCAUGGUGAUGUGUCUGGUUACGUUCCCAACUUGGAGGGGUUUGACUUGUACGAUUCUGGAUAUGGGGAUGGAUGGUGGUCUGGAGCACUUUUUGAGAAUCCUGGAAGGUUUGUCAUUUGGGGAGCUGAUAGCCGGAGAAGACGACUGGGGGGAUUGGUGCGACUACAAGGCCUUCUAUGUGUUAUUCUCUGGUAAGGAAUUCUUUCUGUGUAUUUUACUUAGAAAGCAACCUGGGGUCGACGGAGAAGACCACCGUACUGCUGGGGUUGGAACCGUUGGGUGCUACUUUUCGUCCGGCUACUGUCCUACCGCCCUCUAACACUACCUACCAUUGCCGUUUGGGGUCGCCGGGGUCAAGCGGGGGUGGGGGUGAAAGGGGGGUUACCGGUUGGGCUUGGUUACAUUUCCGGCUGUUUU